GGAGAAGAGGUUUCGAAAACUUUGUUCGUCAAAUUAUUGUUUACGAUGAAUAUACCAGGCAAAAAAAUGUCACUGUGGACGAGAAGAGAAUGAAUAAGUGCUUGGAUGUAGGUAAAACAAGAAGAUAAGGUGGGCCUGGGGUCGGGAAUUUCACUUCAGUCCAGUGGUACAAGCGCGGACGCGAAACCCAAAUGGCAAUGGUUUAAAUCCUAAAAACCCGUCAAACAUGCAAGAUAACAUACAGAUGGCAGUGCCGGCGGACGUAGCGAUCGAGAGCGCAUUCCGACAAGCUGGUUGGAGCUUCGAUAACAAAAGUAUGUUUAAAGCGAAGAUUCUUGUCUUAGGACCAUGUCAAAGUGGCAAAUCAGUGCUGUCAAACUUCUUGGCCGAUGCGUCAGAGUCAGCAAGUGGAGAUUAUCAACCUACUCAAGGUGUUAGGAUUCUAGAAUUUGAAGCUGGAAAUUUGAAAGCAGGAAACAGAUCCACGUCGGCAGAAGUGGAACUCUGGGAUUGUAGUGGAGAUAAAAAAUUUGAGGGCUGUUGGCCGGCUAUAGCACGAGACACUAAUGGGAUUGUCUUUGUCUACAGCCCUGAGCAGCCUAACCAUGACAAAGACUUGGAGCUGUGGUACGAUUAUUUCGUGCAACAGCAAGGUGUGAGGGAGAGCUGUUGCAUUGUGUUUGCUCAUCACCGCUCUAACAACUAUGACCCAGAGAGACCCACAUUACCUGGUCCCUUCCGCAAGAUGCAGUGUAUUCACACAAACAUAGAGGACGAGGGUGAGACGGUGCGACGAGAGUUCACCAACUUCCUGUCCACGCUUCUUGGUGCCAUGUCUGACAAACGUGACCAGGAAGAACUAAGCAUUAUGAACCAGAGAUAGGAUACC